AUGUUUUUGGCAAGGCAGUUGAGUAGACAUGACAACCUGCUGGCAUGGGCAUUGGUGACAGUUCAUGGAGGCAAGUACACAACCAGGUUGAAUCGAACAGUCACUCAUCUGCUCACUAACAUUUCCUCUGGGAGCAAGUUCAUGAAAGCCUCAAAAGUUGGCCUGCAUGUUGUGUGUGUGCAGUGGUUGGUCGUGGUCAUCCAGGAAGGCAAGUUGAUUACUGAAUCGGAUUAUCAUCCAGAUUUGUUCACGUGCUCCAGCCUUGCAACAUAUGAUGGGGAGAGUUGCAAGAAAGAUGUAGACACCUCAAACAACUGCAACAACACCACAAGUCGUCAACUGGAAAGUAGUGAAAGCAAUUUAGGCAUUGUUCCCCAUAGCAUGUCUCUCACUCAGUUGAAUACAAAUAGACUGUUGAGUUCUGCCUCUACAGAAGUUCGCAACUAUCCAGCACAACACAAGUCCUUGUCUUCUAAUUCUUUUAUUAGGAAAGUGCCGAACAAAAGUUGUGAUUGGCUGCCCACCACUGACCACAGUCACCUUCCAAGCAUCUACCGUACUCAUGAAAAUCCAAAUGACGUUAAACCAGAAAACUGUCUAGCCGGCUGUUGCUUUUUCAUGGAAGAUUGCAAGAAAUAUCUGACAGAUAGUGAAUUUAAUUUAUGGAAGCAGGUCAUCAGGCAGUAUCAGGGCAAGGUAAUGGAUGAUUACGCAGAUGAAGUCACUCAUGUUUUGUGCGAGACACAAGAUAGUCCAUACUUCCACAAAGCACUAACAGAUAAGAAGAGAUUGGUGACAUCGUAUUGGCUGAACGACUGCCUCUCACAGCACAAGUUGAUCGUUCCAUGCAACUGCUUGCACAUUCCACACAUGAAGCCCAUUGAAAUGAUAUGCUCCAAUCAAAUAAUGAUUCAGUUUGUUCAAUGUGAUUUUAAAUGGCAGACUCUAUGUAUAACAAACUUUGAUGGCUAUGAGAGAGUUUUGGUGAAGAGGAUGAUCGUGAUGCUGGGAGCCAAGUACACCGGCUUCCUAAACAGAAACAACUCCCUACUUGUGGCAAAAAGGGCUUCGGGGAAAAAGUAUCAAAAAGCUUUGGAGUGGAAUGUGCCAGUUGUGAAUGCAAGGUGGAUCAGUGAGCUGAUGUUUGGAAACUUGAAGGCCCUCAAACAACCUCUCCUGCCAAGCCUUUUUUCAGUCACUGUCAAACCACGGUGUAGUCGGGACAUGCUUUCAUCGAACUUCAUGAAGUGGAGCAACAUCUCUAGGCAGUCUCGCUUUGGCCGGGACUCGCCUCACAAAUGUUUAUCUCCGAGUUGGAAAACACGGGCCGGGCGGAAGUGCUUUCGCGCCCUGCUUGAGUCGGUCAAUCCGGCCUUACUAACCGCUGACAAGUCUUCUUCAUACAUGUUUUAUAUAUUGAACAAGACAAACAAAAGCUAA